AUGAUUGCGGAGAGCGUGUCCACUGGUAUGGAUCACCAGAAGUACUCAAUUGAGUACACAUUCAACACCCGAUCGAUUGGCAAUUCAUUCGUCGAUUUGAUCAGAGAUUUUAGCCGAAAGAUGGGAACCGUUAAAGACCCCAAAGGAUUCAUGUCUGCCGAUCGCGAGACACUCGUCAAAUACAUUCAGGUCUUGUCCGGCGAUUUGGAGACAAUGUUUGCGGGCGAGGAUCGGAUUAUAAAACUAAAUUCGCCGACUUAUGUCUUCGGAGACAUUUAUGGACAUUUGGAGGACCUGUUGACGUUCGAGAAGCAGUUAUGGCAGUCGUUUCCCAUCAUUUCGGCUCAUUAUCUCUUUUUAGGCAAUUAUGUAGACUAUGGGAAGUGGGGUAUAGAAUGCGCUCUCUAUUUGCUGGCACUCAAACUCAUAGCUCCGACCAAAUUCAUACUCUUGAGGGGACGGAACGAGACUCGAGCCGAGCAAACGAAGACCACUUUCCAGAAGGAAUGCGUCACCAAAUAUGGCGGCAAAGAUGGGGCGAAGAUCUGGGAAAUGAUAAACAAUUUGUUCGACAAACUGCCGGUCGCGGCCAUCAUCGACGAGUCCAUAUUCUGCACUUCUUCUGGCGUUCCCAACAGUGCCAACAAAGUGGAAGACAUCGCCAGCAUUGGAUCCGAUCAGAAGGAACCGGAGAAGAAUGCCAUCUUGAAUGAGCUGCUGACCGGCGAACCCAACGAAAACGAUGUCAAGAAGUUCCUCAACUCAUUUAAAUUAUCGCAUAUGAUUCGCUCGAAUCAAAUGGUUCCCAAUGGCUAUAAUCUUCAAUUCGGUGGUAAAUGUAUGACAAUCUUCUCGAGCUCUCAGUUCUGUGGCAACAAAAACCAAGCGGCGUCUCUCUUCGUGGACAACGAUCGCAUUCGGAUCAUACAUUUGGACACAUCUAAGAACAAACCGGCCACCGAUGCCAAGUGAUUGACACAUACCAGACAUACAACAACCAAGUGAUCAUCAAAUAUACAGC